GGAGGAGUCCAGCGUCCCUGAAUUCAGGAGUGACUGGAGUUGAGGAAGUGAGCACAGCAAAUACAGAUCACUCUUUCUGGGAAGCUGGUAGGAAAGUAGAUGCCUGGUAGACAUCUUAGAACUUUAAAAACGGAAAAGACCUGCUUUUAGGGGAAAAUGCUGAGGGACACUAUGAAAUCUUGGAAUGACAGCCAGUCCGAUCUCUGUAGCAGUGACCAAGAGGAGGAAGAAGAGAUGGUUUUUGGUGAAAAUGAAGAUGAUUUGGAAGAGAUAAUGGAUUUAAGCGACCUGCCUACCUCACUUUUUGCUUGCAGCGUCCAUGAAGCGGUGUUUGAGGUGCAAGAGCAGAAGGAGAGAUUUGAAGCGCUUUUCACCGCCUAUGAUGACCAAGUCACGUUCCAGCUGUUUAAAAGCUUUAGAAGAGUCAGAAUAAACUUCAGCAGACCUGAGGCAGCAGCGAGGGCUCGCAUAGAGCUCCACGAGACGGGCUUCAACGGCAGGAAGCUGAAGCUGUAUUUCGCACAGGUACAGAUGUCCAGUGAAACACAGGACAAGUCGUAUUUACUACCACCCCAGCCGGCCAAGCAGUUCCUCAUCUCCCCUCCAGCCUCCCCUCCUGUGGGGUGGAAGCAAGGCGAGGAUGCGAUGCCUGUUAUAAAUUACGAUUUACUCUGUGCUGUUUCCAAGUUGGGACCAGGAGAGAAAUAUGAACUUCAUGCAGGAACCGAGUCGACACCAAGCGUGGUGGUUCAUGUCUGUGAAAGUGAGACUGAAGAGGAAGAAGAAACGAAAAACCCCAAACAGAAAAUUACCCAGACACGGCGCCCCGACCCUCCGACCACAGCACUGAGCGAGCCCCAGACCUUCGACUGCGCGCUGUGAGGCCUGUGGUUGUGGCGCAGGCAGCUGCCUGCCUCGUGGGCUUCAGCGGCGGAGACCAUGCCCCUGCUGCUGAUGCGUCGCUG